AAAAAGUGUUUUGUUUGAGGACUUCAUUACCCACAAGACUUUGCGGCGAGCUGCUGGCGGCGCAGCAGCGGGGCACACUCGGCGGAAGCAUCGGUAGCAGAUCCGGCGGCGGCGGGUGGCUUCGAGUUUCUCUUCCACUUGAGAAAUGUACGCAAUUUGAGAACGGCCACUGACGCAUCCUCGAUACGACAACGCCUUCAUUUUCUACACCGGAAGGCGACAUCACACUCGGGGACGUUUAAUGGCAAGCUUCGUCUAACUGCAAGACCCUCGUGAGCUGGUGCCUGUCCAAUGCGCUGCCCUGCCCUGAUGUGAUGCGUCAUGGCCCCCUUGUUGAGCGGCGUGUGGUGGGGGCCAGAGGCGCCGUUGGUCGGCGCAGGGGGCCAGGCGGUGACCUGGCUGGGCAGAGGUGGCGCCCAGCUGGCCCCACCGGUUGCCCUCAGCACCCUGGUCGCCCUGCUGCUGGUGUCCUUGCUCUUGCUGUUGUGUGCCGGUUGCCGCGAGCCGAAGAAAGCAGCCGUCGGGCAUCCUGCAGGCGACAGAGUCCUCAUGGAUGCUGCGUCGGAUAAAGAGAUGGUCAGCCGGUUGGCCGACAGUCCGGUGACAGAUGUUUGCGUCAGCAGCUCUCAUGACGGACCUCUCACCUGCGGCACAAUCCUCACAGACACGCAAGCCAGCAGCCCCCAGGCCUCAGAGGAGAUAACCUCCGGCCAAUUGGAGCGCAGGUCUUCCAAGUGUCCGCAGGGACGCCAGCUGCCCAGCAUCCCGCCCAGUGGCCCCCUGCUCAGGCACGCUGCCCCGCCCACCUCGAGGGACAGCACCUACGAGGUGGUGAACGACAUGUCGACAGCAUCCCGCGACGUAAGCGUCGAGGACUCCCUCUACGAGACAGUCAAGGAGCUCAAAGAACCCCCGAAGAAGCUGGGACUCCCCAACGGUACCGCUGGCCCAUCUCCUGCGAACACCCCCCCUCCUCCGCCCCUCCUCAAAGGCCACGCCGGCAGCCCACACGAGUACGCCUCGGUGGACCGCAACAAGAAGAGCCGCUACAGUGCCGACCUGGAGGCCAAACGGCGGUCCCAAGGUGCCGGUGUUCCGUCUCCCAGGCUUAAGGAGGAACCCGAAGAUUUGCCGCCGCCGCUACCAGAGAAAGUUCUGGAUGAAAACGAGAACCGGCACAUGCUGAUGAACGGACAUGUCAGGCCCGAGCCGCACAAUGGGAAGUCUGGCGAGCACUCCGACGUGGAACCAACGGCAGCGCAGGACGUUAGCGCCAGCCACGACUACAGCAGCAUCGGCGAGCUCAAAGGCCUGAUUGUGGCCGGGCCGUCCGGGGAUCUUUACGCCAGCGUGACGGACGUCUAUGCCCGGCCGGUGGGGGGCACUGGCCGGGACGGCGGCGACCCGGGCUAUGAAAGCAUCCACAUCCCCGACACCUCGGACGAGGAGCGCCCCGGAAUGGAUGGCUCGGAACCAGACUACGAGAGCGUGGGAGACUCAGGUCCGAGUCGUCUUUGAGCGACCCAUCAUCGCCAUCCUCCUUCUCUCGUGGGAUCUUUUGGUACACUGUCAUCGGUACUAUUAGCCACCCGGUAGCAGUAGCAAAAAACUCCAAAUGACGUUCACUCGUUGCAUUUCAAAGGAGACGUGAAGGCUCUUGAAGUAUUCGUAGGGGUCCUGAGGUGGGCGCGGAUUUCGAGAUGUCUCAAAGGCCAUUCCGGUAAGAACGCCAAACUGCAACCUGACAUUUGUUCCUUUCAUAUCAAGAUCAUCUGCAUUUUCGAGAUUCAAAGUGGCGUCUUAGUGGCAACUUAGGGUUGGCACCAUUUCCUUCGGGGGCCACCUGAUGCGCCGGCCUUUAAGUUUUGUCACCAUUCCGGAGCGGCAACAAUAACUUUCAGGGACGUGUCCUCCCCUCCAACUUGGGCCCGCCGCAAUUUCUUCUUUGAGCAGCCAGCCUACAUGGCAACCCUCUUGAGAGCUCACCCUUCAGCGCCAACACUCAAACGUGACUUUCUCACCUGUCUAGAGAUGACACAGCACACGCCAGCCACGUGUCGUCAAUGCGCUUCAUUAUCAAGUUUUUCCUGGCACUCCCACGUGGGCAUCUUCCUGAGUUUAUUUAUUUCUGACUUUUCUUGAAGGAAAAUAUUUGGUACGCGUUCCCUUGACUUUUUGACAACUUCAUUCGUUUGGACAGGAUGCUAAAUUCAGACGUUAUUCUUAGCAAUGAUCAACGCAGAUGAUUUCGAUGUGAUCUUGACCUUAUAUCGGCUUUGCUUCCUUGAUGUUGUCCAAGCGCAAGGUCUACAAUCGUGGUACAGUAUUUUUUGUUUCUUCUGCACAAUUAAGGCUUAGUAGCACAACAAUACUUACUAGAAAGCACUAUUUUAACCCAGCUUUGCCUACGGCAAUAUAGUACGCUUGUGUUUAUUUGUUAUUUUUUAAAUAUUGUCAUGAUAACAAGAGCACUGACGUGCGUGUGCAAAUGGCAGCGUCCGAUGGUUAGUUACAUGCCUUGCGCUAGUAGCCAAACGUGUGUGGGGGAAAAAAAUGCUACAGUGUAUUGGUACAUUUUGUUUUUGUGGUACUUUAAUUUAAAAAUGAAUGGUACUUUU